AAAUGUGAAUUCGUGGGUUUCCGUCCUUCGUUCGCUUCCAUGUUCGAUCUUACUUCGACUAAAGUUCAAAUGUGGAUUCUCACAUACAAACUUGAAUGUUUACCGCGGUUUAUACGGCUAUAGGAUUAUGGCGGCUGCACAGGUCGCCUGGUGCAGCGACGAUGAUGAACUGUGUCCGGCGAUGUUCGUCGAGUCCCAACUGGAUACGCCGGACGCCGAAAUCCUCGACCGGGGAAAGCUGCUCGAGAAUCUACUUACAAUAUCGAACUCGGGGACGCCAGUGAUUCAAGAGCGGACCGAGUACCCAUGCCCUCUCUGUCGAGGCACCUUCCGUGCCCUCGGUGACCUGGUGAUGCACGAGUGCCCCAAGGAGAAGCCACCCCGGUCCCUGCUCACUUGUUGCUUCUGCGGCUUCGCCACUGAGCAGACUACUGUUUUCAGGGCCCACCUAGAGUUGCACAUCAAGCCAUCAUUGCGGUGUGGCCACUGCAACCACACGUUCCCGAGUGAGGCUGUCCUACUGCAGCACCUGCAGUUGCACGGGUCCAGUUUGCCUCUAGAGCCCCUGGCUGCCAUCAACAGUACAUCGCCGUACACCGCCUACUUGGCCCCGCAGACAACUCCUAUUUUGGCGAACAAUAAUGGUACCCUUUGUGUAAUCAACACUCCAACUUAUGUGGUGCCAGUGCUGGAGGAUUACCACUCGAGGUACACGUGCACUUUGUGCAACGCCAUGUUUCAUCGGCUGAGCCUUCUGGCAGCACAUGGUCUCAAGCAUUCCGAGUUUCCAGAUAUCCACAUCCAGGAGAACCUCCUGCUGCCAGGCAGGGGGUCACAGGAGCCAUUUGGAGCGCUCAUGUGCUCUCAGUGCUGCGUCGUCUUUACCCACCCGGUGGCCCUGGCAGCCCACUCGUGCAACUGCAAGGAAGGCGAGGGCAACGUGACCAGCCCUUCUCUUCUAGUGGCACCGCAGAACGCACCAUCUCUGCAGCUGACUGAACCGCAGUCACUGCAGCAGUCACCCCAGCAGCCGUCCUCAGCAGCAGGCCCGAGCCCCGUACGGCUCUACUGCUGUCCAUACUGUCCCUACACUUCCUACCUGUUGGCCAGUCUCAUCAGGCACAAGGAGAUACACUUCUCCCACCGAUGCAGCGAAUGCUCUGUCCGGCUUCCGACGCUGCCUGCCCUCAUACAGCACAAGCAAAAGAUGCACCCCGGUGCUCCUGCCUCAGUGACGUCCACGCCACCAGCCCCAUCAGUGUCCCCAGUGAACAAUAACGGCCCGUACAAACGAGGGCGACCAAGGAAGACUCAGGAAGAAAUUGAGAUCGACAAAAUGGGACGCAUAUGGCACUGCAAGACCUGCGGAGUUAGUCUGCGGAAAGGUGCGGAGGACGCUGCCACCCACAAAUGUGCAAUGUUCCGGUGCCCCCACUGUACAUUUGAAACUCACAAGCCUAAUGGUCUCAACAUUCACAUCAACUUUGCUCAUACUUUCCGGUGCCAGAGGUGCUGGAAAACCUUCGUGACCAAACAAGAGCGGACGUUGCACUGCACCUACUCGUGUCCUGAAAGGCCAUUCAAGAAUGUCACAGAAGAUGACAUCCCACUGGCGGUGCUCAAGCAGCUUUCUGAGCAAAAGUCCAACAUGCAGCGGGACCCUGUUCACCCGUCCAAAAAUCCAUCUGAGCACCCUUCUGAACAUCAGUCUGGAAACACUUCAAAGCACGAACAUGAGUGCCAACCCGAAGAGGACCCUGAUGUCGCAGACGAAGCAUAUACCAGGAAGAGGGGCCGCCCUCCAAAAAAUAGACCUCAGGGGACAUUGACCAUUCCUCAGCCAGCCCAUGCAGAACCCAAAGCUGUUACCAGAAAACGUGGAAGACCCAGAGGAAGGCGGAAAUAAGAAACUUAGAGGUGCUGCUGGGACAGAGCUGCUCCUGAACCGAGGUAUCAGCUGCUUCCCUUCACUCCAAGUCUGCUGCCAUCAUUUGCAAGAACUCUCAACAGGGUUGGCAUCGCCAGUGCUGCUCGAACACUCUCUUGUGAUACAUUGACACCCGCCUGUUUUCAAGCUUAUCGGAAUACGUCCAUCAUGUGCACUCCUUGUCAACGCACUUUGAAAGUGGCGGCCGCUAACGGCAUGGUUUAACUCUCUACGAUCAUUGGAAGACACCCGUGAGGUACUCAGCAGUGCAGACUCUAAGCAUUCCCUCGCAUUGUGGGCAGCUAGCUUAAGGCCAUUUUUCUGUGCCUUCAGCUUGUCUUAUGGUUUCUGAUACAGCCUACUUUAAUUUACUGCCCAUUGCACAGACUCAACUUCAGUUUUGUUUGAAGUUGAUUCCUCUGUUCAACUUAUGUGGCAAGUGAGGAGGUGGCUGUUGAUUUCUCCAGGCCGUGAGGGCCAUGGAUGAGCAGAAGGCAUGUGAAAAUGGCCCUCAUGGUGCACUUUACUGUUGCAGGACACCGUUGCAAAAAGGAAAGUGCUACCAUAACAAACUUGUGGUUUAGAGCAUUUUUUCAGUGAUGCACAUCACUUACUGCUGAACAGUCCAAAAUUGUGGCACUUAUUGUAAGAAGGCUUAUUAAAGAAUGAACUUUGUUUAUCUUGCCUCAAAAUGUGCACAGGCCUACUGCAGCCCUAUAGAGCACACACACACACACAGCAAAGUAUGAGCGUGUUUGUGCUAAAGUAACUUCCGCCCUAGUUUCAUUCAUUACCAGUAGAGCAGACAGGUCCCAUAUGGUGAUUGUCACAUGUCAUGGCUAAUUUGGUCCAAGAAGCUUGGCACACUAAGAACUUAACAUGGGUCUUACUAGU